CGAUAUGUUUCCUCCGGGGCGAUGGCUUCUCCCGAUGUUCUGGAUGAUUUCGAACUCGAUCUGUGGGAUACGUAGUUACCGCAUCCUCGUCAUCGCCCCCUUUGAAUCCCACUCGCAAUGCAUGCUGGUGACACCCUAUAUAAAGGCUCUGAAAGAUCGGGGUAACCAGCUGACGGUGAUACAUGCAUACAAGCACUGCAUGCACAAAAUUGAAGAUGUCACCUUCAUACGAAUAUGGUAUAAUAAUAAUGUUUUUGCAGGCGCCACUUUGACAGAGCCCAUAAUGCCAUUCGGUGAAAAGUCUGUGAAAAACGUUUGGGAUCGCAUUUACAAUUGGUUCUACACAACCGAAGAGUGGCUGCUGAUGAACUUAGUAUUUUUACCAAAACAGCCCCUUAUCCACGAUCACUUCUUUGGUCAUCUGGAGAAGAGCUUCCAGGAGAUCCGGCAAGACUUCGCAUUGAUGCUGCUUAAUCAACACUUUAGCCUGUUUCGGGCCAGGCCCAAUGUGCCGGGAAUGGUUGAAGUGGCUGGUCUACACAUUCCCAAAGAGGAUCCACAGCUGCCGAGCGAUCUGAAAGUGUUCAUUGAUGAGGCAGAACAUGGAGUGAUCUUGUUUUCUCUAGGUCUGGAACAGGACAGUAAAGAUUUGCCAAGGAAAACGCAGGAAAUUCUGAUGGAGACUUUCAAAUCGGUUCCACAGCGUGUGAUUUGGAAGUUCGAUGGUGAACCUACGAUGAGUCUGGGCAGUGACAUCUACCACUCCAAACUUUUGCCACAGCAAGCAAUUUUGGCUCAUCCAAACGUAAAGCUCUUUAUAAGCCAUUGCGGAAUGAUAAGCCUUAUAGAAGCUGCCUACUACGCGAAGCCAGUAUUGGGCCUUCCAUCGUUCUUCGAUCAAUUCAGGAAUUUGGAAAUCAUGAAGGAGGAGGGAGCAGCUUUGCAGUUAAACAUCAAUAGCUUGACAGUAAGGGAGUUGAAGGAUGCUGUGCACAGCAUGAUAAAUGAGCCGGAAUAUCGAGAGAGUGCCUUGGCUAUUUCCCAAAGAUUUAGGGAUCAGCCCAUGCAUCCCUUGGAUACGGACAUUUAUUGGACGGAGUACAUAAUACGCUACAAGGGUGCAAAUCACAUGAAAGGAUCUCAGUCGCAGUUGAAUUUGUUCGAAUACUAUUCCCUGGACAAUUUCAUAAUGGUCGUAUCGCGGCUAUCCUUGGUGGUGGCUUUAGUUUUUCUGGCCCUCUCAAAAAGCAGAAGAUGGCUAAAUCAUUUGUCGACAUCUGCAAAGCCAUUUCUACCUGAUGACAUUCAACAUAAUAGGAAGGAAUAUCUUAGCAAUUUCUCUGCGAACAUUUAAUUGGAAGUUAAUUUUAGAUAUAUUCGAUUUAUUAAUACAAACUUAGUUGUAAAAAUAACAAAUUAUAAAUG